AUGAUGAAAUUACCGUCCUCUCUUUUGUUGCUCCAUGUCCGUCAGAGAGUGCACAGAUCGUCCCCGGCGAGAGCGCAGCAGAGGAGCAGAGUUCACACUGGGGACUUUGGGGCCAAGAGAGAGAGGCUUCUCGGGAAGUCUCCGACCCGGAGAUCCGAUCAGUCACCGGGUCGGAUUAAUUCCGGGUCGUCCCGGUUGGUUCACGGCAGAGAACCCAUCGCUAGUCGUGGGUUUAGGCCCACCGAGCCACCUCCGAACCGUCGGAACCCUUCUGGUGAGGCUUCCAGUAGGCGUUCCAGGUCGCCGGCCACCCGUGUGGAUAAUGGGCCAAGUAGAUCCGUCAUGGGUCGGAGCCCGUCUGCCAGGAGAACGAACAGGUCCCCGAGUCGGGUCAAAUCGGCUCCGACUGAGACUAAUGCCCGGAAAAUGGAGCAGACCAAGAAUGAUAGCUGCACGGAGGGUAAGUGGCCGACCAUGUCGACGACGACGACCACCACCAAUGAGUCAUUGGACAACCCACUUGUGUCCUUGGAGUGUUUCAUCUUUCUCUAACUCUUCGUCUCCUGUUUUUUCUUUCGGUAAUUUGUUUAUUGUAAAUAAUUUUAAUUGUAGUGAAAAGGUCAAUUUGGGGAUUUGGGAAGAUUUUGUCUAUGUGUGGGUUGGGCGGAUUAGCAGAUGACACCUGUCUGUGUCCGAUUUCACAGUAACGCCAUUAAAUUGACCGCUGUUUACUUUUUA